AUGCUGUUAGUAAAAGAAUGUGAAACUACCUACACCAAUGUACUAGAAAUCGACAGAGAAAGCAUUAGUAGAUUAGCCCGGGAAUUAAGCCUUGAUGAGUCACGAUUUUACAAAAACGUGAAGCGCUUAAACCACGCAGAGUUCAAGAAGAUGUCUGUAUAUGGUUUAUUUACUAUGGACGCUGGUCUUCUAGUCGGCUUGAUCCAAAUGAUAACCACAUAUGUCAUUGUACUAUUACAGUUUGCAUUAAGUGAUCAAACGACCAAAAAAACGACCCUAUCAGAAUAA